GCCCCCGGGCGCAGCCCCGCGUUCCGCUGAGCACGGCCCGCUCCGGCUCCGAACCGGCCAGGCGGGGGCUGGGCUGGCCGGGCCCCCGGCUGACCGCACCUUCUGCAGCCUCCUCGGGCUGGGCAAAGGUUGGCGCGGCUCCCGCCGAGUCCAAGGGUUGCGUUCGUCUGGGGAAACUCGAGAUUCCUGCAGCUGGGCAGGCACGAAUUGAAGAUCUCCUGAUCAGGGAUUCAGCAACUCCGUUCCUCAGGGAGUCAUUUCCACCUAUCAAAAAUACCAGACACAAUGUCUUCUGGGAAUUACUGUCAACCCCAGACCUUGACCAAACCAGCACUUGGUGAGAGGGAGGCAGCUGAAUUGGUUGACAGGGUGUUUGGAUUGAAGGUGUCUUGGAUCAGGUCACUCCCCAGCUAUGAUGACCAGAACUUCCACGUGCGUGUCUCAGCUGAAGGUGCUGAUGAGUAUGUCCUCAAAAUCACCAAUUCAGAAGACAGCCAGCAGCCUGACCUCAUUGAAGUGCAGACCCAGGCCAUGAUGUUUCUCAGUGCUGAAGGCUUCCCUUCAGCUACUCCUUAUCUGACAAAAGCUGGUAACAUAAUGUCUCUGGAGUCAGGAGGUACAGGACCUGGGAGCAAGAAAUACAUAGUCAGACUGCUGACUUACCUGCCAGGUACUCCAGUGGCAAAAAUCACUACCAAUGCUCAGAUUCUGUAUGAGAUUGGGAGGCUUGCUGCCAGCAUGGAUAAAGUGCUCUCAGAGAAAUUCCAGCAUCCAUCAGUAAAAAGUCUGCAUCGAGAUCAGUUCAUUUGGAACCUGGCAAAUGUUCCUCUUCUAGAUCAGUAUAUUUAUGCUUUGGGUCAGAACAAAUACCGUGUAGUGGUGGAGCAAGUUAUUGAACAGUUUAAAGGCAAAGUAAUACCCAAGCUAAGCAGUUUCCGAGCCUGUAUCAAUCAUGGAGACCUUAAUGACCACAACAUUCUAGUAGAUUCCAGUUCUGCUUCCCUGGAGAAUCCCCAGUACAGAGUGUCUGGCAUCCUGGACUUUAGCGACAUGAGUUAUGGGUAUUACGUGUUUGAGGUUGCGAUAGCCAUUAUGUACAUGAUGAUUGAGAGUCCAGACCCUCUGAGUGUUGGGGGACACGUUCUUGCAGGAUUUGAGAGCAUCCUGCCACUCACGGCCGAGGAGAGAGGUGCCCUCUUUCUCCUUGUGACUGGGAGGUUUGCACAGUCCCUUGUCAUUGCCGCCCACACGGCUCUGCUGUACCCAGAGAACAAGGAGUACCUCACAGUCACGGCCAAAACUGGCUGGAAACACUUAAUGACAAUGUUUGAGGUGGGCCAGGAAGCUGUGGAGAAGAUGUGGUUUGAGACUGCCCAGGCGUACACGCACCAUGCACCUGCCCCGUAGGUCCGCGGCUGCUGAUGUACUGGGGGUGACACCGGACUGAAUAAAUCGGUAAAGGCAACGCU